ACAAACACCGAACACAUUUUCUUGGAGUCCAUGCUAAUGCUGGAAAUUUCACGGGUCGACUUGUUGGCUGCAUGCUCGGUGAAGAUGGAAGCAAUGAUCCUGGCGGCCAUCCUGACAGCUCUAGUUUCGCUAUCUAGCGCCCUCACCGACGAACAACUUGCCAGUUUUAUGACGUCAGAUAUGAUCGAGACAAACACGGGUUUGAUGGGAAGCAUUACGAUAGAAACUACGGACGGUUUUCACCACAUCACGAGUAAUGGAGUUCCGGAUCAUUUGACUCCCGAAUAUCCGCGACGAGGGAACCCGAACGAUAUUGUCUUGCAGGAUCACGUGUGGACGAUUCCGGUUAAUCCGGUGGUCGGAACCUCCAAUGUACCACUUCAGCUUGGACCAAUUGGCGUGGCAAUUAAUGGAAUUCCAUUUUUCAAUCCGUACACCAAUACAGGGGAAGAUGCAGUAGAAACGGAAACUUUUGACAAUUGCGAUGGUCAUCCAACGAUGGCUGGGGUCUACCACUAUCACAAGCAGCCCUCGUCAUGCGUAUUCACCAUCGUGGACGGGGAACCAUCGUCCAUCAUCGGUGUGGCAUUAGAUGGGUUCCCGAUCUACGGCCCCAUCGAUGAGAAUGGCAACACGUUAACAUCAGAUGAUCUAGACGAGUGUCAUGGUCGGUAUGUGAACGGGAAGUACAGGUACCACACCACGGCUGAUUUCCCGUAUAUCAUGGGAUGUUACAAGGGGGCUUAUGCGCAAACACUUCGACCUCUGCCAGGGGAAGGAGGUGGCCAGAACCCAGGCGAUUGGAGCGAGGAUGACACUGGAGAAACGACUAUUGUUUCGAAUGAUGGCGGGAAUGGCCAAACGAGUCUGAAAAGUGCAAAAUCAUUGACAGUUUUUGCUUUAUUAACCGCGCUCUUCUAUAAUUUUAUUAACAGAUUGAUGUAAAGAUGGUUGUCAUGAUCCACUGAGAUAAUUAUUAAGAAAAAGUUGUUUUUAUCGAAUGUUAAUAAUUGU